CUCACAUCACUGUCCGUCGAUUCAAAGUUUACACACAAAAAUUAGUAGUAUCUAUCUUUGGCCGUCCCGAAUUAGGGUUUAAAAGAUUCAUAAAGCGCAGUACGUUCUUAUUAUCAGCGCAGUUGAAAAAACACUGACCAGAUUCAGAUCCUGUACUCGUGAAGUUCCUAUAGUGCUUAAAAUAAUAGGCAAAGAUUAUUGUUUGUCUCACUGAAGUUUUACAGAUCUUGUUUUCUGUAAUUUCUUACUGCCCUCAAGAAAAAAGAAAGUGAGAGGUGGCCAAAUUUUGAUUUUGGCUGGAAAUAAUGGCGACAAUGACUCAGCUUCGAUACUCUCCUCUUGCUGGCCACUAUCGCCAGUUCACCUCCUACCGUGAAAUUUCCAAUUUUACUCGCAGAUUUGUUCAUAGUACUUCCCCAAAUGAGCUUUCCAUUUGCUCGUUAAAAUGUGCUGAAACUACACAAUUAUCUAAUUUUCAUAUCCCUUGUGCUGGGGGUGGUAGUGAUAUCGGUUUUCGAGGAGGUAGUGGUGGUGGGGAUAGUGACAGUGGAGGUUGGGCUGAUGGUGGUGGAGAUUCGGAUGAUUCCAAGUCUUCAUUGGAUGGUUUUGGACCAAUUGGUGCUUUUCUGAAUGGUUGGAGGUCAAGGGUUGCUGCCGAUCCACAAUUCCCAUUCAAGGUUCUUAUGGAGGAAUUGGUUGGUGUUACUGCUUGUGUUAUUGGUGAUAUGGCAUCUCGUCCAAAUUUUGGCCUCAAUGAGCUUGAUUUCGUGUUUUCUACUCUUGUUGUUGGUUCGAUUCUGAAUUUUGUGCUCAUGUAUCUCCUAGCGCCAACUUUGGCUUCUUCGAGCGCAGGUCUUCCUGCAAUUUUCGCAAAUUCUCCGACGAGCCACAUGUUUGAGCCAGGACCUUAUAGUAUGUUGAAUAGGUUAGGUACUUUUGUGUAUAAAGGAACUCUGUUUGCUGCUGUUGGAUUUGCAGCUGGACUUGUUGGAACUGCUAUUUCGAAUGGUUUGAUCAAGAUGAGGAAGAAGAUGGAUCCAAACUUUGAGACACCAAACAAGCCUCCACCAACAGUUUUGAAUGCUCUUACUUGGGCAAUUCACAUGGGCCUCAGCAGUAAUUUGAGAUACCAAACUCUGAAUGGGGUUGAGUUUUUGCUAGCCAAGGGGCUUCCACCGUUCGUCUUCAAAUCCUCAGUUGUCGUUUUAAGAUGUUUGAACAAUGUUCUUGGAGGGAUGUCAUUCGUGAUUUUAGCCAGGUUAACAGGAUCACAGAGCGUCGAUCAAGGGAAGGCAGGCACUACUCUUGUCGGAUCUGCUGAAGAGAGGGGGAAACUGGUGGAUGAGUAUGAUGACUUUGGCAGUAGUGAAUCUACUUCCAAGUGAUGAGGAUCAUAACCCACCCAGUCCUUACCCCAACGCUGUGCUUUCUUCCUGUUUCUUUUACUUUUGGAUUAAUAAUAAACAGGUUUGCUUGUUUUUGAAUGUGAAAAUGAUAAUAUUUUUCUUGGCAUGGCACGUGUACUUAAGCUGGAUCAACCGUUAACCAUUCGUUUUGAUUCGUUUCA